UCCAAACUCAGGUAGUUACGUAUUUCGUAUAACUAACUAUUAUUACACUUAGUAGCCUGGAUUUGAUGCCACAUCAGUCAUACCGCAGGAUCCCAUUUUCUAUUCGUGAUCCUCGUGUCUGUGUCUCACUUGUUCCACGUCCAUAACUUCAUCCUCCUACGAAAACCACGACUCACGGCUAACAUCAAAAGUUGCUAUCGCAACAAUUCGUCUACCAUGAUCCGUUCAACACAAAUCGUCCGUUUGGAUGGCCUUAUACUAGCGGCAUCAGUCGACAAUGAGCAGUCGCAAAACGAACUCGGAGAAGUCAAGAACAACGUGAAGAAGAUCCUACGGCGCCUGAACAAGAACGCGGCACCGCAGGCCACGAUCGAAUGCGGGCAAUACACGCUCCACUACCUCAUCCACGACAACGUCAUCUACCUCUGCAUAUGCGAGCGAUCCUACCCGCGGAAGCUCGCCUUUACCUAUCUCUCCGACAUCCAAGGCGAAUUCACCAACACCUACCCCGCGCAGCAGUACCUCUCUGCCAACCUGCGACCGUACGCGUUCGUCGAGUUCGACACCUUCAUCCAGAAGACCAUCAAAACGUACCAGGACGCGCGGGCGUCGCAGAACCUCGACAAGCUGAAUAGCGAGCUGCAGGACGUGACGAAGGUGAUGACGAAGAAUAUCGAGGAUCUACUGUAUCGGGGGGACAGCUUGGAGCGGAUGGGGGACAUGAGCUCGCGGCUGCGGGACGAUAGCUUGAAGUAUAAGAAGGCGGCGAUGCGGAUUAAUUGGGAGUUGCUGUUGAAGCAGUAUGGCCCGAUAGCAGGACUGGGGCUUAUCAUGAUCAUCUUCAUCUGGUGGCGCUUCUUCUGAUCGCGCACCAUCCUCUCGAAUGUUGGAGAGACACCCUCACCUAACCCUUCCCGACCGAGCUCUCCUGAGCAGCGCUCUAUCGCGAGCCGUGGAAGCGCGACAGACACAUAGGUUCGGGAGGUCGUCCUGUUGAGACGUGCAUCGCACCAGAUCCGAGCAGGAUGCUCACCAUGUAUGCGGACGCUACGAGCCGAAUGGUCUUUAGACGAGAGGACAGAUCCCCUCCACAUCCGAGAAUUCUCCGACUGUAUCGAUAACUUGGGGAAGCGGGGCGUUGGUGUUGGGUAGUUAUUGGAGGGAUGCGAGGCUUGCGGUCGCCAACCACGGGGCCUGCCAUGGGGCACAUGAUGUGUAUGAAUACCGUAUGGUUUAUAAUUAAAGGAGCAACCCUAGUCUUAUAGUUCGCUGUACAAAUUUCUGGCUACCUUAUAGAUGCCAGAUCUACAUUGUUCGCUGUUCAUUUCAGGAU